AUGCAGUCUCUGGGCUUUCGUUCCACUCGCUCCGAUGCCUCACUCUUUGUGUACCAUCAGGGAGCUGACACUGCAUACCUGCUACUCUACGUCGACGACAUCAUCCUCACGGCGUCCGCCCCCGAUCUCCUUCAGCGGCUGACUGCUCAUCUUCGUGAUGAGUUUGCCCUCAAGGACUUGGGGCCCCUGCACUACUUUCUCGGCAUCGAGGUGAUCUGCCGGGAUGACGGUUUCUUUCUGCAUCAGCAGAAGUAUGCCCACGAGCUCCUUGAGCAUGCCGGUAUGCUUAAUUGCAAGCCGGCGCCCACCCCCAUCGACACGAAGGCGAAGGUCUCUGCUCUGGAGGGGUCUCUCGUGUCCGAUGGAGCGUUUUAUCGCUCUAUCAUCGGUGCUUUACAGUACUUGACACUGACUCGCCCCGACCUGCAAUACGCUGUUCAGCAGGUGUGCCUCCACAUGCACGGCCCGCAUGACUCUCACUGGACUCUGGUGAAGCGUAUUCUCCGGUACAUACGCGGCACCAUGUCCUUGGGACUCACCCUGACGGCCUCCGCCUCCACCGACCUCGUGGCCUACUCGGAUGCUGACUGGGCUGGCUGCCCCGACACGCAAUGCUCUACGUCAGGCUACUACAUCUACCUUGGGCCCUCGUUGAUCUCUUGGUCAUCGAAGCGGCAGCCCACAGUCUCUCGCUCCAGCGCCGAGGCAGAGUAUCGCGCCGUGGCUAAUGCCAUGGCCGAGUGCUCUUGGAUACGUCAGCUGCUCCAGGAGUUGCUUUGUGAUGUUCACAAGGCCACUCUUGUCUACUAUGAUAACGUCAUCGCGGUCUACCUCUCCGCCAACCCGCCGGAUUUGCGUCGGCACGGACACGCGACGGACGCGUGCACGCUCGCCUUCUGCUCUCCCCGGGCCCGCUGGUCGGUGGCAUAUUGGCCUCUCCCCAGCCAACAGCAACCCUCGCCCGCCUCCUUCGUCGCCGUCGCCGACGCCGCCGCCCAUUUUUGCCGGCGACUCUACCAGCUGCCGCCGCAUCCACAUCCGCCCAGCAACGCCGCCCACUCCCCCGUCGCCCGCCACCGCCGUCUUACCGCCGGGGAGCAAACUGCUUCCCACCGCUGCUCCUCCCACCGCACAGCCACCCGCGAUCAAGAAGCCGCCUCGCCGCCCCGACCAGAUCCGACCGGCACGCAGUCGGACGCCGGCCCACUCGUCGGACGUCGACAGGGCAGCUAG